GGGGCCUGCAGCGUAGAGGUGAAUACGAAGCGUUUGAGUUCGAGACGGAACCACGGCAUUUGCACCAUGUUUCCGGUCUUCCCCACAGGCUUCCGGACAGAAAGGCCCCUUAACUAGCCCUCGUUGUGGUUUACGUAGCCCUGGACAUAUUACGUGGGCUGUCUGCACGCACCCCUUGCGCGCAUCUCGGUCGUCUUCGACUUGCUUUACACGCCUCAACAUCAGAGUGACCCCUACACCGUUCUGUUCAAUAAACUUGGCGAAACAUCCACGUUUCCUUCACAACAACCUCUUCUAUUCACGUCACUCUUUGCCGCCCUUGGAUUAUUUCUGGGCACUUCCCUUUACCGCUGACGUUUCUUACCUUCGCCGCACCGCACCCCUGCUCACCUUCGAAUCGCAUUCAUCAUGAGGUUACGACAGCCACGGCCGCACACUUUGCUUCUCCUCCUACCCGCUUUACGAGUUCUCGCCACAUCCAUUGCCGUAGACACAUCAGACGACAAGCCAGUCGCGCGGGCCGUUGUGCCAGCCUACACGCAAGCCACCUACUCGCCUGAUGCCUCACUCGCCCCGACGGCGGUCCCAAAAGGAACCAAAGAUGCGCCUGUCGAUGGUUUAGACGGCAAGCCCCACGCCGGGCCAUACGUGGACGACGACCCAAAAUACAAAGGGAAGAAGGCUCCCAAUGUUGUGGAAGAUCUCGGGGCAGCCAAGAAGCCUGGCGCUUCUACGGAGACUGUUCUUGUAGACGACGUCAAGGAUGGCGACAAGAGCGUUAUGCAAGACCCAGCACGGAAACCGGCCACUGGCAGCACAGGCACCGAGGGAGGAGUAUCGGCAAAGGACAAGGAGCGACUGGCACACGAGGAGAAAACAGGCGAGAAGAUGGAACAGGUUCCCGAGUCGCCAAAGGAGGCUCCCGCCCAUCCUGCUGACCAGAAGCAACUGAGUGGAGAUGCCGUAGAGACUGCGAGCACCACUCGUGUACUUGGUGCUGGCGGACUUGAGAAACCCACCGACCUUCCCGACUCCCUGCACGACAACCCUCUUCCUGUCCCAGGCUCCGUCUCUACCAAAGAUCCCCUUGACACUUCACCACCCAAAACACCCUCUUCGACACUCGACGAUGUCGACGCCGGCGCCGUACAGCCUUUCCAUUCCUUCAUUCUUGCUUUCACCAUGAUUAUCGUCUCCGAAAUUGGGGACAAAACAUUCCUCGUGGCGGCGCUCAUGGCUAUGCGCCACCCUCGACUCCUUGUCUUCUCGGCUGCCUACUCCGCUCUGGUCGUCAUGACAGUCCUUUCUGCUGUCAUGGGCCACGCCGUCCCCGCGCUCCUCUCGGAACGCUUCACGCACUUCGCUGCGGCUGCUCUUUUCCUCGUAUUCGGUGUCAACCUUAUAAGAGAGGGUCUCGCUAUGAGCCCAGACGAUGGCGUAGGUGAGGAAAUGGCUGAAGUCGAGCAGGAACUUGAAGAGAAGGAACAGCUUGCCCGACACCAAAACCGCCGGAAGUCCUCCAUCUCUCCGUAUGCCCUCGAGUCUGGACGUGGUGUGCGACGCUCCCGGUCUAACUCGCGACUACCUGCCCCCGCACGAAGCCCUUCCAGCUCGCCUGAUCGAAUGCCCUCACCGCGCGGAGGCUCUAUGUCCGGCACUUUGGGCGCCGUGAACAACCUUUUUUCUCUCCUCCUUAGCCCUGCGUGGGUACAGACAUUUGUUAUGACUUUCCUCGGAGAAUGGGGUGACCGCAGUCAGAUUGCGACUGUUGCCAUGGCUGCUGGAUCUGACUACUGGUAUGUCACCGCCGGCGCUGUAGUUGGCCACGGUCUGUGUACUGCCGGUGCAGUCAUCGGUGGCCGCGCCAUUGCUGGAAAGAUCAGCAUGCGCAACGUCACGCUUGGUGGAGCGAUUGCUUUCCUCGUUUUCGGUAUCAUCUACACAUUCGAAGCGUUCUACUCAUCUUGAGCAGGAUGCACACUUCCAGCAUUGCACGGCGCGCAUGGCGGGACGGAAACACAUCCGGGGUUGCAGUCAAACUAUCUUUAUCUCAUGUUGGCUUACCUAUGUAAUAUUAAUUGUACCUAAAAUCACCAUAGCAGGCUGAAAACGGUCAAGGGCGUUCUCUAGACUGCACAGCAAAGGACAAGGUACAAUAGAUCUCUCACAUUUGACAUCUGAUAGUAGUUUCAUGUGGGACUUGACAGUUCGAAACGAUGUUUGAGUUCCCCUUGCUUGAAACAUGCUCAAGUUGUUCCAUGCCCAGACUAUCUGACAGUAUACAAGCUUUCAGGAACGGUACGGCUCUGGGGCUGCCGAACGUGGUGCU